GAGUUCCCGAGCGCGGACGCUGAGCGGGGUCCCCGAGGGGGCGGCACCGCCUCCCCGCGCUGGACCAGCUGCGCGCGAGGGUGAACGGACGGCCGGGGACCCACUCGCACGGCCCGAGGCACAGGGGGUUCGUCUCCAGGACUCCCGCCCCUGUUCGGGACCCCGCGCUCGCGACAGCCCUAGCGGUCUGGCCGCCCGCUCAGGGCACGGCGGAGGUGGGAGCGCGUUCCGCCGGUGACCUUCCCCGGCACAACCUGGGGCGGGACCUGCGAGUCCCCGCCCCACCCAGGCGCCGCCAUUGGCUGGGGCUUCGGGGCCCUUUGGAAACCCCGGCUACCAUUGGCUCCCACGGCCCCGCCCCACACGCCUCGGCCACCGCCCGCGCAGGAGCUGCGCGUGCGCGGUGGGUGUGUGUGUGCGCGCGCGGGGGAGGGCUGACGUGUACCUCCGCGCCACGCUGUGCGCCUCCGCGGCUCUACUACAGCGAGCUAGUUCCGGGCGGCUCGCCACGCACCCCGGGCCCACCGGCCCUCGUGACCCGGGGUGACGGCGCCCGGCCCCGCCAGACCGUCGCCCCGGCCGCCCGCGCGCGUCCCCGGGGGCGACUCCGCUGCGUGGAUCGCGGCGGAAGGGGGCGGGAUUCCGCUCGCCCCGCCCCCGCGGAGGGAUCCGGACGCCGUGGCCCAAAAGCCCGGGGCGAGGCGGCUGGGGCGUGUGAGCGGCUCUGUGCUGCGCGUGCACGGGGUCCACGCGCGGCUCGGCCCGGGGCCACUGCGCCGCGCGGACUGCCUCGCCCGAGCGGGUCUCGGCGCUCCCGCCUCGCCCCGCGGCCGCCUCCGUCCGACGCUCGGGGCCCCGCGCGGCACGGGGAGGCCGCCCUCUCGCGUCUGCGGCCGCGCGGGGAGCCGGGCCGGGUGAGAGGCGGCGGAGAGCCCGGGGGCCGCGGGCCCGCGCCCCGCUGCCGCCCGCGAUGCUGCUCUCCAAGUUCGGGUCCCUGGCGCACCUCUGCGGGCCGGGCGGCGUGGACCACCUCCCGGUGAAGAUCCUGCAGCCAGUCAAGGCGGACAAGGAAAGCUUCGAGAAGGUGUACCAGGUGGGCGCCGUGCUGGGCAGCGGCGGCUUCGGCACCGUCUACGCGGGCAGUCGCAUCGCCGACGGGCUCCCGGUGGCCGUGAAGCACGUGGUGAAGGAGCGGGUGACCGAGUGGGGCAGCAUCGGCGGCGCGGCCGUGCCCCUCGAGGUGGUGCUGCUGCGCAAGGUGGGCGCGGCGGGCGGCGCGCGCGGCGUCAUCCGCCUGCUGGACUGGUUCGAGCGGCCCGACGGCUUCCUGCUGGUGCUCGAGCGGCCCGAGCCGGCCCAGGACCUCUUCGACUUCAUCACGGAGCGCGGCGCCCUGGACGAGCCGCUGGCGCGCCGCUUCUUCGCUCAGGUGCUGGCCGCCGUGCGCCACUGCCACAGCUGCGGGGUCGUGCACCGCGACAUCAAGGACGAGAACCUGCUGGUGGACCUGCGCUCGGGCGAGCUGAAACUCAUCGACUUCGGCUCGGGCGCGCUGCUCAAGGACACGGUGUACACCGACUUCGACGGCACCCGGGUGUACAGCCCCCCCGAGUGGAUCCGCUACCACCGUUACCACGGGCGCUCGGCCACGGUGUGGUCUCUGGGCGUGCUGCUCUACGAUAUGGUGUGUGGGGACAUCCCCUUCGAGCAGGACGAGGAGAUCCUCCGAGGCCGCCUUUUUUUCCGGAGGAGGGUCUCCCCAGAGUGUCAGCAGCUCAUUCAGUGGUGUCUGUCCCUGCGGCCCUCGGAGCGGCCCUCGCUGGACCAGAUCGCUGCGCACCCCUGGAUGCUGGGGGCCGAGGGGGGCCCUGCGGAGAGCUGUGACCUGCGGCUCUGCGCUCUGGAUGUGGACGACGGGGCCAGCACCACGUCCAGCAGUGAGAGCUUGUGAGGAGGAGCCCGGGCCUGGCUUGUGGGAGCCGGAGGGAGCGACCCCGCCUGGGCUGUCUGUUUCUUGCAAAAGCAGUGACCUCUGACUCCCGGUGAUCUUUGCCUUUGGCACCGGGCUGUUUUCUUUGCUUUGAGUGCCUUUUCGAACGCUGCUCUCACGGGACUUGGUCUUCUCAAGCUCUGUCUGUCCAAAGACGCUCGGGUCGACGUGAGGUCCGGCCUGGGCCGGGCAGGUGCGCGACCCUGAGACUGUCCCUGUCCUGCGCUGCUCGGGGAGGCAGCCGUCCCGGCCCUCAGCGCCUCCCCGGUCGGACCAUGUUGGACCAGGAGCAUGUCCUGUGGCCUCAUGUCACCGGGGGCUCAGGCUCCCUUGUGCCCACCCCCUGCUCCCGCCCGCCGCCGGUGUUUGUCCGGGAAGGUCUGUGCACAAGCAAUGCAAUGUCGAGGCUCGCUGCCUGAGCGCGCGCCUGCAGGCGGGGUGUGCGUGCGUGUGCGCGCACGUCUAUUUAUGGUCUGACCCUGAGGAGGGCUAUUUAUUGUUUAAUUUAUUUGGGGAGGUCCCCUCCUGCCUGCGCCCCCGCCUUCUUCAGGCCCCGGAGUGGGGAGCGUGGCUGUGUGCGCGGACCCCAGGUCCUGAUCCUACCUGCGUCUGUCGGAAGAUGGACUUGUACAGUGGCUAAUUUAAGGGGCGAGGGAGACUCUGUCCCCUGUGGCUCUAUGCCUCUGGGAGAGCGGGGUGGGGGUGGGUUUUAAAUUAUUGACCUUGUACAGUCUGCUUGUUGGCUCUGGAGGCCGGGGGGUGGGGGGACAGAGUCUCAAGCCUUUAAUUUAUGGUAGUAGCUGUGUUUCUGUGAUCCCGGUGUGCGUAGGCAUCGAGGAUGGGGGUUUCUUUCAGUUCAAAAGUGAGAUGUCUGGAGAUCAUAUUUUUUAUACAGGUAUUUCAAUUAAAUUGUUUUGUAUAUAACA